UUGCACAUACUGCACACCUAGGUUGCAUACUUUCUUAACUACAAGCCUGCUUUUUGUAUUCUUCUCUGAAUAAUAAAUUUCUGUUAUGGCUUCCAUCGUGUCUUCCCUGGGCAAUGAGAAGGAGGCAAAGCUGCAAAGGUUUUUCUCCACUCCUGUUCGUUUUCAUCUUCUGUACAAGAGCAGUCAUCAUGGAGCCCAAAUCAGUCAGCUCCUCUCCAGUUUCGACAAAAGCGGCAAUUUUUUGCUCAUUGUGUUCCCGCAGUCGGGAUCAGUCAGAGGAGCUUAUGUAAGUAAAUCCCUGAAACAUGGAACAGACUUCUCUGAUGCAGAAGCUUUUGUGUUUGAAUUGACUGAGCACGAUGCCACACGGUUUCCAGUGAUAAACCCAGCCAAAGCAGUCACGGUCACCAACCAACAAAAUCCAGUUCAACCUGCUGGGUUUGGAGCUGUAAGGGUCUCUUCUCAGAUUGUAGCCUCUAUCUUUUUUGGAAGCUGCUUAAAACUAAAAUCAGGUAAUGGCUGCUGGAAUGUGAGCUUCUGCACAGAUGAGACCUAUGGAACAACAUGGCCACAGGAGAACAACAUUUGCUGUGUAAAUGUGGAGCUGCACCGUGUCCAAGAUGUGGUUGGUGUUUUACCUACCCCGUGGAGAGAAGUGUCUUGGACAGAUGUGGCAAGAGAAGACCUAAGGCAGGAAUUUGUCUCCUUUAAGCUGCCAUCAAAGUUUCCAGUGUCACAGGUUAAGGCUUUGCUCUUGGGCCCAGUGGGUUCUGGGAAAUCCUGCUUCAUUAACUCCAUCAGAUCCACCAUGUACAAGCGAAUUGUUCAUCUGCCCAACGUCGGCACUGCAGUAAAUGGGUUCACUAAGAAGCUGACAAUCUAUGAUAUCCAUGGAGAGAAAGGAGGUUCCCCGACUGUUCUGAGUCUCUGUGAUGUGCUGGCAUUAGGAGACGACGAGGUCGCUGGUCUCUGUUUCUCUGAUGCGCUGGCUGUUAUAAAGGGCCAUGUUCAAAAAGGAUAUAAGUUCCAGCCUGAUUCUCCAAUCACAGAUGCAAUAAGCGGAUACAAAGCAAACCCUUCACUAAAUGAGCAGGCUCACUGUGCCCUCUUUACACUCGAUGCCUUCAAGUUGACAUCAUACCCCAGCAGCCUGAAAUCCACACUUAGGAAGUUAAACACCACCCUAUCAGACCUGGGUAUCCCUCAGGUGAUUUUGCUCACUCAUGUUGACCAGGUGUGCCCGGCAGUACAAGAUGACUUGAAGCAUAUCUACUCCAGCCAAACUGUGAAAGAUAAGAUGCAGAAAGCAGCUGAGUUGGUGGGUUUGCCAUUGUCCUACGUGCUGCCAGUAAAAAAUUACGUUUCUGAGCUGACUGUGGACUGCAAAACUGACAUCCUGCUUUUGACUGUGGUUACAAGCAUCCUACGGGCUGUAGACGAUACACUUGAAGAUCAGUAUCCCUGUACAGUUAAACAUGAAGACUAGGCUUGUACAAUCUGAAGGGGACAAAAGGGUUUAUUAAGGCAUACAUGUUAAUAAAAUACAAUAAACAGAUAAUAACGGGCAAAAAAACAAAAGCUAUACCAAUAUUUUAUUAUUAUUAUUUUUUAGCAAAUGAUGUACUGAAAACAUACUGUGUGAUGUGCUUUAAAGUGUUUUACUUUAUCUGUACACUAGAGGGCAGUAUUUUUUAGUAUGUCCAGUGUGUAUAGUAAAUCAGUAAGAAGAUUCCAGCUUAUGCAAAGAUGCUCUGGAUUUAAUAACUCCCUCACUUUUACUCAAUCAUUCUCUAUGGGACUUGUAUCCUGUACAGGGACAUGGGAGGCUCUGAGCGGUAUAUUGACAUGGGAGGUAAAUUGAGGGUGGAGGAGCUGUGGCUGUUUUUACAUGGAGCUAUAACACUGCAAUGCUAGACUCAGUCAGGCAAGUGGAAAUGUAUACAUACAGUAAAUUUAAUAUAUGUAAUACUGAUUUAACAUUUUUCCUAUUCUUUGGUGUUUAAUGUUGACAAAAUAAACAUUUUAUCAAA